UUUCCGUGGCUGGAGGCCGGGAGAAGCCGCGCAGGGCGACUCGGGGAGACGCCAGGAGCCCCGAGGGGCGAGGACCCCGCGCUGACUCUCCUGCGGUCGCUUCCAUCUCCUCUCGUGACAGUACUUCAUGGAAUCCUCCAGGAGGGAAACUGUGGGACAACUUGGCAGAACUUCCCACCCCUCGCCACCAUCCCCCCACAUCAUGGGGCUCCCUUGUGCCUUUGUGGGGUGAGCCACCUGAGUGCAUUCAUUCACUUUUGAUGAAGGGAGGACUUCUAGUAUGUGACUGUGAUUGCGGGGGUGGGGGAGAAGACCAGAGUAUAGAUGGGGGCCUUGCCUUGGCGAGCACCAGUGGUCAGAGCCUGCUCUUGCAAGCUGCUGGUCUCUGGUGUUGUGCUAUUUAUAUGCUGCCUAAUGGUUCUGUUUCUCCAAAGAGGCCCCAUGCUUCUGGAGAGUGGGGCCUGGGAGGUGGCCUUGUUCCUGUUUCCACUCCAUCCAGCCCAUGGCUAGGAGUCUGCACUUGCUGUUGGUGCAGUUUUCCCCAAGGAGAUUCCUGCCUGGACUAACGCCAUGCACACACUGGUGUUCCUGAGCGCACGUCAGGUGCUCCAGUGCCAGCCAGCUGCUUGCCAGGCCUUGCCCCUGCUGCCGCGCGAGCUCUUUCCCCUGCUAUUCAAGGUGGCCUUCAUGGACAAGAAGACCGUUGUGCUUCGAGAGCUGGUGCACACGUGGCCUUUCCCACUGCUCAGUUUCCAGCAGCUACUGCAGGAGUGUGCCCAUUGCAGCCGGGCCCUGCUGCAGGAGCGGCCCAGCACAGAGAGCAUGCAGGCUGUGAUCCUGGGGCUGACGGCCCGGCUCCACUCCCCAGAGACCGAGGCUGGCACACAGCCACUCUGCAGGAAGCACACACUGCGAGUGCUGGACAUGACGGGCCUUCUGGAUGAUGGUGUGGAGCAGGACCCGGGCACUAUGAGCAUGUGGGACUGCACAGCAGCUGUAGCCCGCACCUGCAUUGCCCAGCAACAGGGCGUGACUGGGGAGCCAGGGCUGGCCCCUGUCCCAGUAGAGGUACGAGUGGACCUGCGGGUGAACCGGGCCUCUUAUGCCUUCCUGCGGGAGGCACUGCGUAGCAGUGUGGGUAGCCCGCUGCGGCUCUGCUGCAGGGACCUUCGGGCUGAGGACCUGCCCAUGCGCAACACUGUGGCCCUGCUGCAGCUUCUGGAUGCGGGCUGUCUGCGCCGUGUGGACCUGCGCUUCAACAACCUGGGCCUACGGGGCCUGUCCGUCAUCAUUCCCCAUGUGGCCCGCUUCCAGCAGCUGGCCAGCCUGCGGCUGCACUAUGUGCACGGAGACUCCCGCCAACCCUCUGUGGAUGGUGAGGACAACUUCCGCUACUUCCUGGCCCAGAUGGGCCGCUUUACUAGUCUGCGGGAGCUCAGCAUGGGUUCCUCUCUCCUCUCAGGGAAGCUGGACCAGCUGCUCAGCACUCUGCAGAGCCCCCUGGAGAGCCUGGAACUGGCUUUCUGUGCUCUAUUGUCCGAGGACCUGCGGUUCCUGGCACGGAGCCCGCACGCUGUCCACCUCAAGAAGUUGGACCUGAGUGGCAAUGACUUGUCCGGCAGCCAGUUGGAGCCCUUUCAGGCUCUGCUUCAGGCUGCAGCAGCCACGCUGCUGCAUCUGGAACUGACCGAGUGCCAACUUGCUGACACACAGCUGUUGGCCUCGCUGCCUGUGCUGACCCGCUGCGCCAGCCUCCGUUACCUUGGCCUCUAUGGCAACCCGCUCUCCGUGGCAGGGCUCAAGGAACUCCUGCGAGACUCAGCAGCACAGGCUGAGCUGCGCACAGUGGUGCACCCCUUCCCUGUGGACUGCUAUGAGGGCCUGCCCUGGCCGCCGCCUGCCUCUGUCCUGCUGGAAGCCUCCAUUAAUGAGGAGAAAUUUGCCCGUGUGGAAGCUGAAUUGCACCAGCUGCUGGUGGACUCUGGGCGUGCCCAUGUCCUCUGGACCACAGACAUAUAUGGGCGCCUGGCUGCAGACUACUUCAGCCUGUGAUUCUGGAGAAGAGAUAGGUGGUUCUGGGGCAAAGGGCUGCUGAAGACCCCUCCCCAAUUCAGGUAGGCAGAGCUGCCACUGUUCUCUGGCUUCCCUGCUCUUGGCGCCGUGAACCUGCUAUGCUUCUUGCUCCCCUGAUGGUUGGAUUCCAGUCCUGCACAGCCCUGGUGGACUUGGCCGCACUUGGCAGCCCUCCCCAGUCCUGUUUUCCCAUGUGGAACCUCCUGGGGCCUCAAGCUGUGGGCUGAGACAGUGUGUUCUCUCUGGGCUCUUCCCAAGAUCGGACUGUUCUGGGCUUAAAGCUGGGGCGGGAUGCUUUCAGGAGGGUUGUGACUCCAUGCAUUCUCGGACAGCCAGUUUCUAUUGUCCCAGCAUACAGGUGACCCUGGACUUUGGUACAGAUGUGCAGUGUGUUUGGAAUUUAAGUUUGUGACUUCUU